AUGGAUCCCAUCAAGAUAGAAAAGCUUCAAGCCAUGAACAAAUACAAGAGGGAUCAGCUUCUCAACAAAUUCAUCCUCUAUUUUUUCACUGCAUCCAUUUGUGCCCUAUUUUGUUCUAGCCCUUUGUGGUUUCCAUCCUUGUGUUCUUCCAUGAGGUUGCUUCUCUUUGUUCAUCUCCCAAAAAUUGGGUCUUUCAUCUUCCACCCUAAAUACCUUUUCAUCAUCUGCAACCUCAUAAUCGCCAUCUUGGUCGGAGAAUCAAAGCUCACAGGCUCGCACUCAUCUUCAGCAAUUAGCGACACUUAUGAUGUGUAUGUUAGGAGGAACCAAAGCCUUCGGAGGUGCUCUAUCACAGAGGAGCAGAAGCCGGAUACGCCUUUGAUUGAAGAGGGUGUGAAAAGGGGAGGGGAAGAUGGAAAAGGAGAAGGAGAAGAAGAUGAUAGAAAUAUAGAAAGUGACGAGAACUUGGAUGAAGAAGAAGAAGAAGAAGAAGAAGCAGCAGCAGCUGAAGAAGAGUCUGAUGAGAUGCCCGCUGAGGAGUUUAAAAGGAUGGUUGAUGAUUUCAUUGCGAAGGUUAAUAAACAAAGGUGGCUUGAGGCUAAGGAACUAGUCUGCUGUAGUGCAUGA